AUGGACCUCUUCGCCGACGGGAUCCACGUGCGGCUGCGGAGCCGCGUGCACGGCACGUACCUCCACGCCGACGACGACGGCAUCGGUGUCUCCCUGCGCCCGCGUGGCUACGACCCGCCCCUGGCGGGGGUGUGGCGGGUGCACCGGGUCCAGCGCCACGGCAUCGACUACGUGCUCCUCCACGGCGCCGCCUACGGCCGCUACCUCGCGCUUUUGCCCGGGGAGCCGGCCCCCAGGUGGUGCCGCGGCAAGUGCGCCGUCCAGCGCGGCUACGACGACCCGGAGCAGGACGCCGUCAUGUGGAGGCCCGCCAGGACCGACGGCGGCCGCGGCGACUACGUCCUCAUGCGCCACGUCUACAACGGCACCCUCCGCGCCAACGGCAGGUUCCGCAUCUGGAACAACGGCGUCAGCAUCGACGAGUACUUCGGCACCCGGAGCACCAUGAGGCAUUGGGUGGUCGAGGUCGUCCCGCCGAGACAGGGCCCGCCACCACUUCCGGUUCCAUCAACUCCGAAUCUAGGAGGCUGCAGUAUCCUGUUCUGGCGGUGCAACAAGGAGGAGCCCGAGGCGUCUCGGCGGCGGAGAAUCCGGUACCUGCGUUCGGACCAGCCGCUGAACUUCGGCCAAGCCAAUUUGCCCGCAUUCUGCUUCUACGGCCGCUCCGUGCUCAACCUCAGGACCCAGGUGGGGAUCCGUGCGAACGAAGGGGAGGUCUUCGGCACCAGAAUGUGCGUGCAGGCCGGCUUGUAUGGGCGGCUGACCCCUCUGGUCACCGACCUGCAUCACAGCGAGGAGCCCAUGAACAUCGUCGUCUACACCGCCGGGGCACCAGAUGCUGAGGCGUUAGUUUACCCAGAUGCUGACGCACAAGGACCAUAGAGGAACACGGGAGCAGAACUUCUGACAACAACCUCACAGUUCAUCCCUUCAGAAAUCAGAAGUCGGAAUACUUCGGAAUUUCGGAUGCAGUGACUUGAGAAUCAGCUUGUCUUCUUUUGUUCAGAUGGCUUCAGAAAACUCGGCAACUUUACUGUUUCUGUUAGUUAGGUUCGAUGCGUCCCGCUCUUCUUUUGUUCAGAUGGCUUCAGAAAACUCGGCAACUUUACUGUUUCUGUUAGUUAGGUUCGAUGCGUCCCGCUGACCGGAUGGGUCUGAAUUGGUGUUUCAGUUUCAGAACUUACAAACUGGUGAAAGCAUUAUGUGGAAGUAAUGGUGAACGAUUUUGCAAACAUUGGUUGCAGUUACCAUAUUCACCUCUCUCUGGUGAUAAUGAGGAUGGAUGUUUCUGGUUUUGCAUGUGUCUUGCUUCUGAUAAAUCGAAAAAUGGAGUCCAUGUUUGUUGAAUUUA